GUCCUUUCCUGGAUCCUGUAUAUGCUCUUCCGGUUCGGGUGAAGCAGCUAAAGUGUGUUUCGUGAAGGUCGUGAGUCGUAACUGUGAUCCACCAUGUCUCUUCCAAAGCCAGUGAUGAGGGGGUUGCUGGCGAAGCGUCUGAGGUUUCAUCUGCCCAUUGCUUUCACCCUGGCUAUUGUAGCUGCACUAGGGUUCAAGUACACAGUGACGGAGCCCAGGAAAAGGGCCUAUGCUGAUUUCUACAAGCAAUACGAUGCCGUCAAAGAGUUCGAAACCAUGAGGGACGCGGGCAUCUUUGAGAGCGUGCGGCCCUCUGGGGAGUAAAGCCACUAUCGGCUGUCCUGUUGUUCAUUCCUGGUCACAAGAUGGUUUCCGCUCACCCCCUUUGAUGUUGACUGAUCAUAUGUGAACAUCACUAUGCUGUUUGUUUCUCUAAAUAAAAUAAACUAUUCUAUUAAUGUA